AGUUCCUGCUUCCCAAAUCACAGUCAUGAUCAUCAAGAAACAAGAGGAGGCCGAUGCGAAGAUCGACAAUGCCGAGGACUCUGCUACUAACGACCCUCCGCCAACCUACUCUCCCCCCGAAGCAUCCUCCUCCUCAUCCCGCCCAACUGUCCGCCCCACAAACUACUCCUCUAUUUCCCAGCGCAACGGUUCAAUUAAAGGGACAUGGGUGAUCGACCCGUCCCUUUCCAUUCCCUGCUCCGUACUCCCGCCUCUUCCGGAGGGAGUGAGCGAAGAUGCGAGGGAGAACUUUUUCUUAAAGACAAAAGACGGAAAGAUCGAGGCGGACGUGACAAUCGUCCCUUGUUCUGUCCCCGACAGCGUUGAUAUGAAGGGGAAAAGGAAGAAGGUGGUAUUUCACGCAAAGACGAGCGAUGGGAGGGUUGCGUUUAAAUUGCACGACGCCUCCACGCCUUCCACUCCCCGCCGCCCUAUCAGCUUAACAACCAUCACCUCAGACGGAUCCAUCCUCCUCCACAUCCCUCGUUCCUUCCAUGGGGCACUACUCCUCAAAAUCAAGGACGGCAAAAUCCGCUUCUCGGAGGAGGUGCAAGCGCAGGUCACCACGUUCUCAGAAAAUAAAGGCAUCCGAAAAUGUUUCCUUGGUGAAUUUGUCGCUGAGGAAUGGGGGGAGGAUGGUGAGGAGGGCUGGGCAGGCGACGAGCUGACGGCUGAGACGAAGGAUGGGAGUAUUCAUAUUUCGUUUGAUGAUGAGGUUGAGAGUCACGAGAAGUCGAAGGGCUGCCUGCUCUUCCGAGUCCAACUGCUGUUUUUUACUCCCAACCUGGCGUCUGUUUCCGUCAUGAAGUCUACAACGUCGGCUAAGGAAAAUUACUCGGCCGAUUGGGCAUUCAACUUCAGGACAUCACACUUCAACGUGUAUGACACUGACUCCGAUUCAGAAGAAGGCCCUGCUGUUCCUGCGGAGAAGGAGUCUGAAGAAGCGAAGUUAGUCAAGGACCUUGACAUAUCUGAACGACAAGAAACCGCCGUCUACAAGCCGAAUCCCUUCAGCAUAGCCAAGAUCAACGCUGCCGCUCGUACUGUUAAUAAGGUCGACAAACCAGCGACGCGCCCUGAACCUGCGUUCUCUAGAGAUGCCCCGAAGUUGAAGGCUCCGUUGACUAUAGUCGACGGAUUCAAGAGGCAAGCGCAAAAGGCUCACUCGGCCACAAGGGGAAGGGCGCCUGCUUUGAAAUUGGCACCUCGACCACCAGCACCAAAACCCGUCCAUGUCAGCAACCAACUGGAGAAACCCCCUUUCAUGACUCUGGCAACACAUAGUGGCGAGAAACUUGGGACAUCUGGGCGACCGUUGGCGCUUAACUCUGCCGCAUUUCAUCAAGCUACGAGAACACACGGCCCACGGAGACUCGUCGCGCCUAGGCCUAAUCCCUCUGCUUCGCUAGCUUCAGAGGAUUUUCUUAGGAAGUCAUCGAACCAUUCCUCGCCCGUCUCCUUGAAGAAAACGCAUAUACGGCCUUCAGGCGCGCAUAUAUCCCAACCCCAAGAGGCUUCACUGCUUAAUUCUCUUUCUCGGCACCCAGAAUUUGCUUAUUUGACGGAUAACGCUUCUCAAGACCAAGACCUUUCCCAAAUCUAUGGUGCCCUCGUCUCAUCGAAAUCAGCUGUACUAACCUCUCCGUCAAACGGGCCUGCUGCGGAGUCUUAUUCACCGUUGCUAUACGACGAACGCUAUGAUAUCUCUGAGCCUGCCUUCCAUUCUGGCGACAUUCCAGAUCAAUACCACGCAUCGUCGUCUAAUCUUAUUUUGCUAGAGAGGAGGGAUGGUCGAACAAGAAACUCCCAAGGUGUUGUGUCUAAUUCCUCCAGAGAUGGAUUGAGGCCGUCGUCUAUCGCGCACUUUCCGGUCAAGGACGAACCCAUGGAACACUACGGCUCCCGAGAUUUUGCAGAAACCUCUGGCCACCUGGUCUCCGUUGAUAUGAGAACGGAACCGCUUUCACCGUCGCCAUUUUCCGAAGAGGCGGAAGGGUCUCAUUUCAGUUGGGUCAGGGGUACACCAAGGCCGUUCAUCGGAGCGUACCGCCCAGUCAAAGAUGAACCCACUGGAGAUUAUUCAUACCGAGAUCCCGUAGAAACCCUUCCUCGUCUGUCUCCUAGCAAUCUGGCUUCAUCGUCGCUACACCCCAAAGAGGAGGACGAUAUCUCCACUACGAAAUUCCCUACAGCUCAAAGGAUGUUUGAUCGUACCUCGAAAAACGUAAAGCAACCCUACACGGGUCUCGUGGAACAGGGUUCUCCUCAUUAUUCUGCGCGCACGCGCAAGAUACCGAUCGUGGAUACCAAAAAACGUCCUAGAAAAAAUGCAUAUGACGUCUCGGUUGCGGAUCGUGACGAGGAAUGGAGUACUCUUCCAUCUCGGAAGAAAUUCAAACCCAGUCUUACUACGACCUUCAAAACAACUAAACCCUUUCGCUUGCCCGGUCUAUUGAUGACGGACAAGUCUUCCAUCAAACCGAUCGGAAUGAGUGCUACGUCAAAGCUGAGAACAAUUACUUAUCUUCCACCUCCCCUUCCGAACGCAGGACGUACCGAAACUACUCAGGAAUGCAAUGGCUCUAGUACUCCUACUCGACAAUCCCAAAAUCUUAGAUCGCGGUCGCUUCCGUCCAACGCCUAUCCUUCACCUAGUCGCACAAUGUCUUCCCCCCUUUCCAAAAACAUCUUGUCUCCGCGCAGAAAGAUGGCAGAUGACGAUGACUAUGUCUACCAUCCGUUAUCGCCACCAACCUCAGAUUUACCCGUACCCGAAGAUGAGAUGGAUGUCCGUUUAAACGUGAACUCCGGAGACAUUCAACGUCGAUACCCAGGAAUACUUGCUUUCAUCAAUGAGUGUUCGUUGUGUGGCCUGGAUCGUGAUCUUUUCUCUGAUGCUGUUGUCUUUCGAAUCGUGAUGCAAGAACUUUACAACUGCCUGAUUAACUAUUUCCUUUCGUUUCCCGGUGGGACUCAUGCUAUUGCGGUGGGUCAUUUUGUCCUUAACCAUGAGGAGCAAAUUCUGACGUGUGGCUGA